AUGAUUAUCCUAAUAAUUGUAGUCCCUUUCUCUACUUCUCCCCCUUCUUUGUUUUAUACAGGACGAAACUCUUCAGUGACAUCAUCUGCCGGACCAUCUGGGUCAGAACGCACUUCUGAAGAAUUUACUGAAGUGCCACCCACCAGAGGUCAGAGGAGGGCAAGAAGCCGGAACCCAGAACACAGGAGAACCAGAGCCAGAUCUUACAGAAGUAGGUCUCCUGUGCACCCAGCAAAUGACAUUCCACAAAGAUCUCAUCAUAGCAUCUCAUCUCAGACUUUUGAACACCCUUUAGUAAACGAGAUUGAGGGGUGUUCUAGAAGACUUACCCAUGUAAUUUUGAGACAACCAAUAAGUGGACUAGGUAGAGGUCUUCUUGCAUCUUCUGCGUCGAGAACUGCCACUCAAGGGGCAAUUUCUUCGGACACACGUUCCACUGGUGAAGCUGCAAGAUCUGGUCAAAGACCUCCAACCAUCGUCCUUCUAGUCAGAAGAAUUCGUCUGAGAGAAUACCCACCGAGAGAUAGCAUAGCUAGCAGAACUCGGUCUCGGUCAAGGUCUCAGAUCCCAAACAACAUAAUCUCUUAUCACAGUGAACGUGGUUUUAGGCACACCUUUAUACGUUCUGGGAGUGUAGGUGCAGCUGUGAGAACCUAUGAGCGCACUAGCAGGAUUCCCAUUCGCAGAAUCUGAAAUAAUGGAUCAACUGACACUACAUCUGUUCACAUUUGAACCAUGUUAAGGCAGAUAAUGACAGGUAUAAGUGAGCUGGCUAGAAAAGAAACAGAGAUUGAAAGAGAGAGCUCUGGUGGUAACAGUUCCGGUUCUGGCUCCAGCUCCAGUCCUGGCUCCAGUACCAAUGAUCAAAGUUCAGGAAGUAGGUCAGCCAUGUUUGAAGGCAGGAAUGAAGGAACCCGAAUUCUCAAACCAGGUGCCAGGAGAGCGGGCUGACAUAGGGCCCCAGUUAUCAUUGAUGAGAAUGGCUCUUCGUCAUUUUUUAGUCUUUCUUGGGGUAUCUUCUUUAAUGAGAACGACGAACAACGACAAAACUCUUCAGUGACAUCAUCUGCCGGACCAUCUGGGUCAGAAUGCACUUCUGAAGAAUUUACUGAAGUGCCAUCCACAAGAGGUCAGAGGAGGGCAAGAAGCCGGAACCCAGAACACAGGAGAACCAGAGCCAGAUCUUACAGAAGUAUGUCUCCUGUGCACCCAGCAAAUGACAUUCCACAAAGAUCUCAUCAUAGCAUCUCAUCUCAUACUUUUGAACACCCUUUAGUAAACGAGAUUGAGGGACGUUCUAGAACACGUACCCAUGUAAUUUUGAGACAGCCGAUGAGUGGAAUAGGUACAGGUCUUCUUGCAUCUUCUGCGUCGAGAACUGCCACUCAAGGGGCAAGUUCUUCGGACACAGGUACCACUGGUGAAUCUGCAAUAUCUUGUCAAAGACCUCCAACCAUCGUCCUUCAAGUCAGAAUUCGUCUGAGAGAAUACCCACCGAGAGAUAGCAUAGCUAGCAGAACUCGGUCUCGGUCAAGGUCUCAGAUCCCAAACAACAUAAUCUCUUAUCAUAGUGAACGUGGUUUUAGGCACACCUUUAUAUGUUCUGAGCGUGUAGGUGCAGGUGUGAGAACCAAUGUACGUACUAGCAGGAUUCCCAUUGGUAGAAUCUGAAAUAAUGGAUCAACUGAGACUACAUCUGUUCAGAUUCGAACUAUGUUAAGGCAGAUAAUGACAGGUAUUAUUAAGCUGGCUAGAAUAGAAAAACAGAAUGGAAGAGAGAGCUCUGGUGGUUACCGUUCUGGUUCUGGCUCCAGCUCCAGUCCUGACUCCAGUUCCAAUGGUCAAAGUUCAGGAAGUAGGUCAGCCAUGUUUGAAGGCAGGAAUGAAGCAACUCGAAUUCUCACACCAGGUGCCAGGAGAGAGGGCCGAUGUAGGUCCCCAGUUAUCAUUGAUCAGAAUGGCUCUUCAUCAUUUUGUGGUCUGUCUUGGGUUUUCUUUUUAAAUGAGAAUGACGAACAACGUAGAGGACUCACCAAAGAACAUAUUGGACAAAACUAUUCAGUGACAUCAUCUGCCGGACCAUCUGGGUCAGAACGCACUUCUGAAGAAUUUACUGAAGUGCCAUCCACCAGAGGUCAAAGGAGGGCAAGAAGCCGGAACCCAGAACACAGGAGAACCAGAGCCAGAUCUUACAGAAGUAGGUCUCCUUUGCACCCAGCAAAUGACAUUCCACAAAGAUCUCAUCAUAGCAUCUCAUCUCAGACUUUUGAACACCCUUUAGUAAACGAGAUUGAGGGACGUUCUAGAACACUUACCCAUGUAAUUUUGAGACAGCCGAUGAGUGGACUAGGUAGAGGUCUUCUUGCAUCUUCUGUGUCGAGAACUGCCACUCAAGGGGCAAGUUCUUCGGACACAGGUACCACUGGUGAAGCUGCAAGAUCUGGUCAAAGACCUCCAACCAUCGUCCUUCAAGUCAGAAGAAUUCGUCUGAGAGAAUACCCACCGAGUGAUAGCAUAGCUAGCAGAACUCGGUCUUGGUCAAGGUCUCAGAUCCCAAACAACACAAUAUCUUAUCAUAGUGAACGUGGUUUUAGGCACACCUUUAUAGGUUCUGGACGUGUAGGUGCAGGUGUGAGAACCUAUGUGCGUACUAGCAGGAUUCCCAUUGGUAGAAUCUUAAAUAAUGGAUCAACUGAGACUACAUCUGUUCAGAUUCGAACCAUGUUAAGGCAGAUAAUGACAGGUUUCAGUGAGCUGGCAAGAAUAGAAACACAGAAUGGAAGAAGGAGCUCUGGUGGUAACCGUUCUGGUUCUGGCUCCAGCUCCAGUCCUGGCUCCAGUUCCAAUGGUCAAAUUUCAGGAAGUAUGUCAGUCAUGUUUGACGGCAGGAAUGAAGGAACCCGAAUUUUCGCACCAGGUGCCAGGAGAACGGGCCGACGUAGGGCUCCAGGUAUCAUUGAUGAGAAUGGCUCUUCAUCAUUUUUUGGUCUGGCUCGGUUUAUCUUCUUUGAUGAGAAUGACGAACAACGUAGAGGACUCACCAUAGAACAGAUUGAUAAUUUGACAAUGAGAAGUUUUAAUGAAAGUGAUGCCUUGAAGACAUGUAGUGUUUGUAUUAGAGAAUAUACGGAAGGCGACAAACUUCGUAAGCUACCCUGCUCCCAUGAAUACCACAUCUACUGCAUCGACAGCUGGCUAUUGGAGAAUUCCACCUGUCCCCUUUGUCGCAGGGAAGUCUUAUCUUUUGGGAACCUUGAAAGUGUUUUGUAA